AUGGCCAUUGACUCUCCUCCUGCCUAUUCGCACAUGUCGCAGCAGUUUUUAAAACCGCCACACAUGAUGGGGGCCCCGUCAUCGUCGCACCUGAAAGCCGAUUUCUUCGCAGAUAUUGGAGGUAUUCCUUUCACGGUGCAUUUAAAACCCGUCGGGCAAUAUCUAGAAAAUGACCCUAUCGUGCCUCCCAAGAAUCCAAAACCUCCGGCGAGAAAUAUCCCUCCGCCAACCUUCAGCUCUGUGCCUGCUUCGGUCAUACAAGACCCAAAAGACCCUACGAGAGUGGUUGGAGAAAGAACUACAACGAGUUAUGUCUCCGAUUUAUACGAAUACAUACAGGGUCACUGUCCUAAUCACCCCGUUGAAAAAUUUACGUUUGGCGAACCACAUCAGCAGCAGUUCACCGUAUCUCUCCAACUGAAAGGGUUCCCUAUCCCGAUUGAACCAGACUAUGACCGGAAAGGAGAUGAUACAAAGGAUACUCCAAAAUUAUUCCCUUCUAAAAAAGCUGCAAAGGAAUUUGUUGCAAAUAUUGCGCUACAGAAGCUCAAGGAGAUACCUGUUCAGCCAGAACAUAUCGUUGUUGGGCCUGGCAAGACAAAGGGAGAGAGCCCUAUGGGCGAACUUAAUAGGUACUGCUCCCAAAAUGCGCUUCCUAGGCCCCAUGUUCUAGACACAAGCAAUAGCAAGCCGCCAUAUUUUUUUGGCUGUCAAAUCACUAUUGAUAUCAAUGGUGAGAAGACAUUCGGUAGUGGCACACCUCAGCAUCAAAACAAAACGUCUGCUCGUAAUAAGGCAGCCGAGGAAGCCCUGCAAUGGAUUGCAGACGAAAAUCCGAAAAUUAUCAAGAUGAAAGGGAAGUCCGGGAAGUCAGGCCGUGUCUUGGCCCCUGGGUCUGUGGUUCAAAUAAACACAACUGAUAAAACUAUUGGAGAGAUUGCUACUGAAGCAUGUGCUCUCUUGGGGUUUAAAGCACCUCAGAGAAAAUUGGAACCAGUAGAAGGGAAACCCGGGAUGUACAAUGUUUAUGUUACUCUUGACCACGGUGACCAGGAAACCAACGUCGGCCCCUUAAAGAAUAUAUUUGGGCAGAAAACUGCGAGUAAGGAAGCGAUGAGGGUGACUUUUCUUACGGUUCAAUAUUUGGCUCAGAAACAGUAUGGUAUCAAGGUGGAGCUAAUAGGCGACAGUGAUUUUGAACUACGCGCUUGA